AUGAGCGAACACUUCACGCGCCCAACGCGGUCACUCGCCGGACGCGUAGCCAUCGUAACAGGAGCCGGGGCAGCAGGCAACGGCAUCGGCAACGGCCGAGCAGCAGCAAUCCUCCUCGCCGAAGCCGGCUGCUCGGUAGUCUGCGUGGACAUGAAAGAAGAACUGGCCCAACGAACCGUACAGAUGAUCUCGCAGGACGGCUUCGGGCGCGGGACGGCCGUGAGAGCAAACGUCACGGACACGGAAGAGUGCCGAGGGGCAGUAGCCAUUGCGAUGGAAACGUACGGCCGGCUGGAUAUCUUGGUGAAUGGGGUCGGGGUUGGGGGCGCGGUGGGGACGGCGGUGGAGGUGGAUCUGGACGCUUGGGCGCGGGGGAUGGAGGUCAAUGUGGGGAGUAUGGUGCGCAUGAGUAAGUUUGCGAUUCCGGCUAUGGGGAAGAAUCGUCGUGAUGGGCAGCAGUGCAGGGGGAGUAUUGUGAAUAUUGCGAGCGUGGCGGGGAUUCGCGGCGGGAACCCGCAUUUGCUGUAUCCCACUUCCAAGGGGGCUGUUGUGGUGAGUCUCACUCCGAGUGGUGCCGGAUGUUCGGAAAGAAAAAGGGUAGUCAGUCAGUGUGAGGAAGUUUCCUUCCUAUAUGCUGAUGAUGCGAGGCGAGGUAGAAUCUGACGAGGGCGAUGGCGGCGCAUCACGCGGACGAGGGCAUCCGGGUGAAUUGCGUGUGCCCGGGCAUGGUCUACACGCCGAUGAUGUAUGCGGCGGGUAUGUCCGAGGAGGCGCGGGAGUCGAGGAAGCAGCGCAGUCUGCUGAAGACGGAAGGGACGGCCUGGUGAGUGAGAUUCUUCGGAUUAUCAUCAUCAUACGGUAUGUUACAUGUGAUAACAACGCAUUUGCUGAUGAACGGUUAGGGACGUGGGAGCGGCCAUUCGAUUCUUGGCGGGCGAUGAGGCGCGGUGGAUGACGGGUGUGAUCUUGCCCGUGGAUGCUGGUGCUACCGUGGCGGCCGGCUCGGAGGUGCCCAAGGAAGCCAUGACCGGCUCGGGACAGCAAUAG